AUGAAUUUGGGCGCGCAAAGAUUGACCAGAAGAAUCUUAAGAAAAGCGCACAAUUGGUCACAAGCUCUUUCGGACGUAAACCUCGAGAAUGAUACCGAUCAGAUUUGCGAGGACUGGCUCUCAUUGGUUAAAUCCAAGGACACGUCAUCCUCACCGCCGCAUUUGCCAGAUCUGAUCGGUAUAACUUCACGAAAACUAAGAAAUGUCCUUUCAAAACGCGGCUUGGAAGGAAGAACUUUCAAUCUUUUCCGAGAUUUACGAGAGCGAGAAACUUAUACAAAAGAAGAAUUUGUGGGAAUUAUAGAGAAACAGUCAGACUUCGAGCAACAGAGGAUUUUAAAUGGACUCGUCAACAAUCUCAAAGUAACUGAUUGGGAGUCAUUUGAAAAAUCCUGCGAGGAGAUUUUCGACGAAGUUCGCGACCUGGAAAUUGAUCAAAGCUCAAAACUUGAUUGUUCAAUUAUCGACCGGAAUGGAAAAGUCAAAAUCUGCCGUCUGCCGGAUUAUAUUCCGCAGCUCAGCGAAGUCGAUACUUCUUUAUUUGCCGUUUCGAUUUGUACUGUUGAUGGACAGAGGAUGCAUCUUGGCGACUCGGAUAUUUAUUACACGAUGCAGAGUACUUCAAAGCCUUAUACUUAUGGAAUCACCCAUGCCGCCCUGGACGACGUCCUCCACGAGUUUGUCGGGCACGAGCCCUCCGGCCAAGCCUUCAACAAAAUCAUCCUCGACAAUCAAGGCCGUCCCUUCAAUCCGAUGAUCAACAUGGGCGCAAUCAUGACCUGCUCACUGGUGCAUCACGAGCAGCCGCUUUCGCAUCGCUUCAAUUACUUCCUCGAGCAUUACAAAAAGCUCACUGGCAGUCGGUCUACGCUCUCCUGUAAUAUGCCCGUUUACAAGUCGGAGCUCGAAGUUGGGUUUAUGAACAAGGCGGCGGUCAAUUAUAUGAUGACAAUGGGCUGCUGGAAAGGAAUGAUCCAAUCAGAAGAACAACUACUCAAGAAUCUCGAUCUGUAUUAUCAACUCUGUAGUAUAGAGGUCACGACAGAGAUCCAGAGCAUCAUGUCCGCCUGCCUUGCCAAUCGAGGCAUCAAUCCCAUCACAGGCGAAUCCGUCCUCCCAAUUCGAUCUGUGAAACGCGCUCUCAGUCUCAUGUUCACCUGUGGAAUGUACGACUAUUCUGGCCGUUUCGCUUUCAAAUACGGCGUCCCGGCGAAAAGCGGCGUCUCCGGUGUAACCGACGUAGUCAUUCCUGGAGUCUUGUCAAUGACGAUUUACUCGCCCUGGCUGUCGAUCCAUUCUAGCUCGAGUUUGCUGGGACUGCAAUUCAUUGAUGGAUUCAUCAAAAAAUUUCCUUACCACGUCUUUGACAGCCGGCAAUAUGCAAAAUGA